UUAAAAAAUCAUAAAGUUCGCCAAAGGCGGAAAGCUAGUACCUAUUCAAGACGUGAUAAAGAUGGUUACGAAUGGAAGAUGUAUAAGAAGGAAGAACCAAGAACCAUACCAUUCAAGCUUCCUAAUAGACCAUUCUGGAAAGGUCCAUUAACAGUAAACGAUAUACUUACGAAAGCAGAAAAACUGGUGAAGGGUAAAGUUCGUGGACCAGAAUGUUUGCUUGUUGAAAAAGGCAGAAUCUACACUGGAACAGAAGAUGGUACAUUAGUGGAAAUUCGCAAUGGACAAAUUUAUAGAGACAUCAGGCUUACCAACAGACCAUGCGGAAGUUACGAACUGGAACCAACCUGCGGUCGACCUUUGGGUAUUCGGCGUUUGAAUGAAAACGAAAUUGUUGUUGCAGAUGCUUAUCUUGGAAUUUAUGCAGUAAAUUUUAAAAAAAGAAAGGUCAGGAAACUGUUAGAUGGAGGCUCUGUAGUAGACGGAAAACCACUAAAAUUUCUAAACGAUGUUGAGGUGGUCAAUGAGGAUCUUAUCUUAUUUACUGAUUCCUCAUCACGCUGGACUAGGCGACAUUUUAUGAAAGCUAUUGUUGAAAACAAUCCGACAGGAAGAGUACUUUCGUUAGUGCCAUCAACUGGUAGGGUGGAAGUAUUGAUGGAUAACCUUUACUUUGCAAAUGGAAUACAGUUAUUUGAAGACAAACAGUCAUUUGUAGUUGCGGAAACAACAAUGGCGAGAAUUUUAAGGUAUUGGAUUUCUGGUCCGAAAAAAGGCAGUUGGGUAAUUUUCGCUGAUAAUCUGCCGGGCCUGCCAGAUAACAUUCGUCUGAGUACAAACGGGACAUUCUGGAUUGGGAUGGGUACUAUCCGACGCAAAACUCAGUUUUCACUGUUUGAUUUUCUUGGCGACAGAGUGAUAGCUAGAGAGCUGAUGCUAAAGCUAGUGCCGGACCGAUACUGGCAAAGCAUUUCUUACCUAGCUCGAUCGAGGCAUGCGCUGAUUGUACAGAUGGAUAAAUCUGGCGAAAUAAUAUCGACAGCACAUGAUAUGUUUGGGGUAGCAGUAUCAGGUGUUUCUCAUGUUUCUGAUGACUCAGAUUAUCUUUACAUAGGCAGUUUGUAUGCCAAUUACAUUGCGCGAGUACCAAAAGAAAGCGUUUCUUAA